GCCACCUCGAUCGUCACAUGUUACUUUGCCCAACAGAUUGCUCCCUCACUUCCCAUUCAAAUUCUCUGUUCCCGAGCUCAAUUCCGCAACAAUGGCGAUCUCAACCUCACUCUUCCCUUUUCCUCUCACUCCCAAGCUCCGGAAUCCCCCAUUGUCGCCACCGCCAUUACCUCUCAACGCUUCUACUGCUACUCUGUCCACCAGGAGAUUCGGGCCUCUGUCAUCUUCUUCCUCCACUCACAAUCUGACAGUCCACGCCAUUUUCGAUUCAGUUGGUGUGGGGGAGGAUUUUCCGCCCCACUAUGGGGAAUGGUUUCCGGAGACGAAUCCUGACGUUCGGCGAAGAGCAGGCGUUCUGCUUCAUCCUACUUCGUUUCGUGGGCCUUAUGGCAUUGGUGAUCUGGGAGACGAGGCGUUUAGGUUUGUUGAUUGGCUUCAUGAAGCGGGAUUCUCUGUUUGGCAGGUUCUUCCUCUUGUUCCUCCUGGGAGAAAGGCUAACGAAGAGGGAUCACCAUACUCAGGCCAGGAUGCAAAUUGUGGAAACACUCUCUUGAUAUCUCUUGAUGAGCUUGUCAAAGAUGGCUUGCUCACAAAAGACGAGUUGCCAAAACCAGUCAACCAUGACCACGUGAACUUUUCUGCUGUUGCUGAUAUAAAGGAUCCAUUGAUAGCAAAGGCUGCGGAAAGGUUAAUUCAAAGUGACGGUGAACUUAAAUGUCAGCUUGAAGAAUUUUGUAGAGACCCUGAUAUAUCAAGCUGGCUUGAAGAUGCAGCUUAUUUUGCUGCUAUUGAUAACAGGUUAAAUUGUUUCAGUUGGUACGAAUGGCCAGAACCCUUAAAAAAUCGGCAUCUUUCAGCUUUAGAAGAUGUUUACCAAAGGGAAAGAGAUUUCAUAAAUAUAUUCAUUGCUCAACAGUUUUUAUUCCAGAGACAAUGGCAAAGAGUUCGCAGCUAUGCAAAUAUGAAGGGUAUUACUAUAAUGGGAGACAUGCCUAUAUAUGUUGGCUAUCAGAGUGCAGAUGUUUGGGCUAAUAAGAAGCAAUUUUUGCUGAACAAGAAGGGCUUUCCUGUAUUAGUGAGUGGUGUGCCUCCAGACGCAUUCAGUGAAACUGGUCAACUAUGGGGCAGUCCUUUAUAUGAUUGGAAAGCAAUGGAGAAAGAUGGUUUUUCAUGGUGGAUUCGCCGCAUUAAACGUGCACAGAAUCUAUAUGAUGAAUUCAGGAUAGAUCAUUUUAGAGGAUUUGCUGGGUACUGGGCAGUUCCUUCUGAGGCAAAAAUUGCAAUGAAUGGACGAUGGAAGGCAGGGCCUGGAAAAUCUUUAUUUGAUUCCAUAUCCAGAGCGGUUGGGAAGAUCAACAUAAUUGCAGAAGAUUUGGGAGUUAUUACUGAGGAUGUAGUUCGGCUCAGAAAAUCUAUUGGGGCACCUGGAAUGGCUGUCCUCCAGUUUGGUUUUGGAAGCGAUUCUACUAAUCCUCAUUUGCCCCACAAUCAAGAACCUAACCAAGUUGUCUACACGGGAACUCAUGAUAAUGACACAAUUCGUGGCUGGUGGGACAAUUUGAAUGAAGGAGAAAAGUCCAAUGUUCGUGAAACCUUCUCUGAACCUAACACAUCCACACAAGCAAAAACGGUUUUGAAGUAUCUUUCAAUUACUGAGGAAGAUGAUAUCCCUUGGGCUCUCGUCCGGACAGGAUUGUCUUCCGUGGCUCAAACUGCCAUAAUACCUUUGCAAGAUGUUCUUGGGUUAGGGAGUUCGGCAAGGAUGAACAUUCCAGCAACCCAAUUUGGAAACUGGAGAUGGAGAAUACCUAAUUCCUUAAGCUUUGAGAGUUUGGAGACAGAAGCUACUAAAUUGAAGGAUUUGCUUUCAUUGUAUGGGAGGCUGUAAGUGCAAAAUGCUGGGCUUUGUAAUCAUAAAUUGUUGUGUAAGAAUUAUACCUUUAAAUCUCAUAAAAGUAUAGAGUUGUCUGAGCUUUUUAGGACUUUCUCUGGAUGUGGAGGAAAGAUUGCCAGUUUGUGAAGAAAAUUCACAAGCAUUAUUUGAAGUGAUAAAUAAAGACUAAUUUAUUUAGUUA